AUGGAUUCAUCUGUAUUUGUGCCUGUACUGUAUGAUGGCGUUUGGACUUUGGAGGGUUUCAACUGGGUAUUUGAUUCCUCUAAAAGUAAGACAUUGAUAUUGGACAUUGACUGUACACUGAAAAAGUUGCGUGAAGUUUUGCAUGAGGAGUUGGAGGUGGACCCCUUGGUGUAUGAAUUGAAGUUAGAAGUUCUUUACAUGUACAUGAAAGACACUAAGUUUCCACCUGAGGUUUUAGUGAAAGAUAGUCAACUACGAGUGUUCUUGAGCAUGAAGGCAAAAAUGAGUGUGGACAACUUGUUGCCACUAUUUGUGACUAAGCAAGUUGGCACUAAUGUAGAUGAUGAGAGAGUGAGUAUUGAAUUUCAUCAUUCAGAUGAGUUCGAUGCUCCCUUUUACAACAAUGAUCCUGUGGUUGAUUUUGGUGUGGAUGAUGAUGUGGCUACAGAUGUACUUCCAUUGAGGAUGGAACUAACUCCAAUUUCUACUAAAUUCAAACCUCUUGUGUGGACAAGGGAAGACAUAGAGGAAAAUAAUGUGUAUACAACAUCUCUUAGUGGUACGCCUUCAGGGGAGAUAUAUCUUGGCAAGUUGUACAAAAACAAGGAAGAAUUGAAGAAUGUAGUGGGAAGGUAUGCACUGAAAAAUAAUUUUGAGUGGAUGGUAAGUAAGUCUGGCACUGAUGUGUUUUACGUUACUUGUAAGGAUGAAAAUUGUAAAUGGAGAUUAAGGGAGAAGAAAAAGGCACUUUGUGACAUGUUUGAGGUUACUGUGUUUCACAACGAACACACAUGUAGCUUGGAUUCUAGACAUUCUGAUCACCAGCAAGCAGCACCGUGGGUCAUUGGUCACAUUAUUAAGAACAAGUACACAUCAGAUGGAUCUAACUACAAGGCAAAAGACAUACAGAGGGAUAUGUUUGAUGAAUAUGGCAUCAAGAUGAGUAAUGAGAAAGCUUGGAGAUGCAGAGAGAAGGCAGUUAUGUACAAGAGGGGUACUCCAGCAGAAUCUUAUACGAAAUUAUAUGGUUACUUCUACAUGCUGGAACAGAAGAAUCCAGGCACUAUUACUGACAUUGUCAGCGAGGAUAACCGGUUUAAGUACUGUUUCUGGUCACUCGAUGCUUGUAGGAAGGGAUUUAAGUUUUGUCGUCCUGUGAUUAGUAUCGACGGAACAUUCUUGAAGACGAAGUAUGGAGGAACACUGUUAGUUGCUGUUGCGUACGAUGCAAACAACCAAUUGUUUCCGGUAGCCUUUGCAAUUGUUGACAGUGAGAAUCAUUAUGACUCUUGGAAGUAUUUCUUGCGAAAGUUGAAGGAAGCCAUUGGUGAGGUUGAAAAUCUUAUGUUCAUAUCGGAUAGGCAUCAAAGCAUUGAACAUGCUGUUGAUGUUGUUUUCCCAGAAGCAUGCCAUUGUGCAUGCUUCAAGCAUAUUACUAUGAAUGUCGUUGACAAGUUUAAGACUGAUGUAUGCAACCAACAAAUAUGGCUUGCAGCUUACGCAUGGAACAAGACGGAAUGUGAUAGGCAUUUUGAGGUGCUGAAACAGAUGGACCCUGCCAUUGCUACAUACGUCGAGCAAAUAGGGUUUGAAAAGUGGGCUCGUCCUUAUUGUCCAGGCGAUCAGUACAACAUAAUGACAAGCAACGCUGCCGAAAGCUUCAACAAGGUGAUAGAAGAAUUCAGAAAAUAUCUAGUAACUAUUUUUAUUGACUUCAUCAGGUUCACACUUCGAAAUUGGUUUGCUUCUCGUCUCGAAAAGGCUAGUAAGUGCGCUACUCCUUUGGCUACUACUUUUGAAAAUGAUUUAAAGGAUCAACACAAAGAUGGUAUGUUCAGGAGUGUCCUUCGUAAUGGUGCCCAAUUGUUCAACGUUGGUACGAGUCCUCAAGGUGAGAGAGGUGGUGAUGUGAACUUAGUGGAGAGAACAUGCACUUGUAGACUUUUCCAAACGCUCAAAAUCCCUUGUCCCCAUGCAUGUGCCGCAGCAGUUAGUCAGAAUGUGAGCGUGUACACACUUUGCUCUCCAUAUUACACUAAAGAAACGUGGAAGAAGAUCUACGAUGCCACAAUUAAUAUUGUUGGCGAGGAGGAUGAGUGGGUACUACCGGAACAUAUCAAGAACAUAAGAAUCGGGGUACCAGUGGAGAAAAAACCAGUAGGUCGGCCUAGGAAGAGCAAUGCAGGUAGAAGACCGACGAAGCGUCGACCGUCUAGUGGUCAGGUGGUAGUGGAACCUCGUCAUUGUUCGCUAUGUCACGGUUCAGGGCACAACAGAGCUACAUGCAAAGCUCGAGUUUGA